UAUCCGUAUACUUAAAAAUUAAUGAAAUCUGUAAAUAUAUCACCUUCAACGUGUACCAAUAGUAUUUUUGCGAGGGUACAACUUAUUUCAAACGUGGACCAAUAAAUGAAUGGUUUAAUGCAGCUGUCGGAAGAAAAAAAAUGUUAUCACUAGCCGGCGCACUGUUUGGCGUUAUAGAUACGUCAUACAGAAGGGGCUCCAAUGAACUUACGCCGCGUUCAGAGUCCCCCUCCUCUUCUGUCCGAAACACCGGGCUCUAAGUAAAAAGUAGCAGAUGAAGUGGAAUUGUGACUUGAAGUAUAUAUGAGAAGUGGCCCUUGAGUGGAGACAGGGGCCGUUGUUUAGUCCAGUUUUGUUGCCAGAGUGGCAUUGCUGUGGCACGUGGAAUAAAACCGGAGGUUUACAGUUGUAACUGUAACAAUGGCCUUGCCAAUGUGGACGUGGAGCUUCUUUUUUCUUAUGUUCAUACCGUUACAGACAGAUUCUCUAGCAGUGAUGUCUGUUGACCUUGGUAGUGAAUGGAUGAAGAUUGCAAUUGUGAAGCCUGGUGUGCCAAUGGAAAUUGUGUUAAACAAAGAGUCUCGAAGGAAAACACCUGUGGCAGUGGCGCUAAAAGAAAAUGAACGCCUGUUUGGAGAGAGUGCAGUUGCCAUGAAUGUGAAGAAUCCAAGCAUUGUUAUACAGUAUUUACAGAAUCUUUUGGGGAAGAAAAUUGAUAAUCCACAGGUGAAGAGGUACCAGCACUGGUUUCCAUAUCGUGAGCUGGUAAAGGAGGAGAAAAGAGAAACUUCUCUUUUCAAACUUUCAGAAGAAACUCUGUACUCUGCUGAAGAAGUGUUGGGGAUGGUUCUUAACUACUCUAGGUCUCUGGCUCAGGAGUUUGCAGAGCAGCCCAUUAAGGAUGUGGUUAUCACAGUGCCACCAUUUUUUAAUCAGGCAGAGAGACGAGCAGUCCUGCAUGCUGCACAAAUGGCUGGUUUGAAGGUACUUCAGCUGAUCAAUGACAAUGCAGCAGUUGCCCUGAAUUAUGGAGUCUUCAGGAGGAAGGAUAUCAAUGCCACUGCUCAGAAUAUCAUGUUUUAUGACAUGGGAUCUGGAAGCAGUACAGCCACUAUUGUUACUUAUCAGACCACCAAAACAAAGGAUGCCGGCACCCAGCCUCAGCUUCAGAUCAGAGGAGUAGGCUUUGAUCGAACUCUGGGUGGUUUUGAGAUGGAUCUGCGGUUGAGAGAUCAUCUGGCAAAACGUUUCAAUGAGCAGAAAAAAACAAAGAAAAAUGUGAUGGAAAAUCCACGGGCUAUGGCAAAGUUGCUUAAAGAGGCAAAUCGUGUGAAAACAGUACUGAGUGCCAAUGCUGACCACAUUGCCCAGGAGGACAUUGAGCAGGUAAUUUUGGUUGGUGGGGCUACACGGGUCCCAAAGGUACAAGAAGCGUUAUUAAAAGUUGUUGACAAAAAAGAAUUGGGAAAGAACAUAAAUGCUGAUGAGGCUGCUGCAAUGGGUGCUGUGUACCAGGCAGCAGCUCUUAGCAAAGCUUUCAGAGUCAAGCCCUUCAUCAUUCGUGAUGCUGCAAUGUAUCCAAUCCAGGUGGAGUUCAGCCGUGAAGUAGAAGAGGAGGAAGGUGCAGGGAAGAGUAUUAAGCACAACAAACGCAUCCUUUUCCACCGGAUGGCUCCGUACCCACAGCGUAAAGUGAUCACAUUCAACCGCUACACAGAUGAUUUUGAGUUCUAUGUCAACUAUGGGGACUUGAAUUUUCUGAGCCAAGAUGAUCUAAGGGUGUUUGGGUCCCAGAAUCUUACAACUGUGAAGCUAAAGGGAGUAGGAGAGAGUUUUAAGAAGCAUGCAGAUGAGGAAUCUAAAGGUAUCAAGGCACAUUUCAACAUGGAUGAGAGUGGAGUUCUCUACCUCGACAGGGUUGAGUCUGUUUUUGAGACAAUUGUUGAAGAGAAGGCUGAGGAAGAAUCAACAUUAACAAAGCUGGGUAAUACAAUCUCCAGUUUAUUUGGUGGAAGAAGUACAGAACCAGAAAAGGACAAUGUUACUGAUUCUGUCCAGGAGGAAGAGGAGGGCCCUAAUGAAGCAGAAAAGGAGGAGUCAAAAGAAAAAGAGAGUAGUAAACCUGAAGAAGCUAAUGAGGAAAAAAAAGGUGAAGGAAAGUCCGAAGAGUCUCAGACUGAGGGAGAGAAGUCUGAAAAAUCAGAGAAGGCAGAUUCUCAGGAUGCAGGAAAAGGAGAAGAUGGGAAAGGAGAAGAUGGGAAAGGUCAGGAAGGAACCUCCAAGUCAGCAAAGGAUGAAGAGAAGGAGCCCAAACCAGCUAGGAAGAUGAAAAAAAGUGAUGAUAUUGGUGUAGAGCUGAAUAUCAAUGAUGUGCUGGAUCCAUCAGAUGAAGAACUAUAUGCUUCCCAAAAGAAACUGCAAGACCUGGCUGAUCGGGACCAUGAGAGAAAUGAACGAGAAAAGGCAGCUAAUACCCUAGAAACUUUCAUCUUUGAAACAAAGGAUAAACUUUAUCAAGAAGAAUACCAGCUAGUUUCCACAGAGCAGGAACGAGAAGAGAUUUCUGAAAAACUUGGCCAAGUUUCUGACUGGUAUGAUGAAGAUGGAUAUGCAGCCAGCACUAAGGAUUUGAAGGAAAAGCUGUCAGAGCUCAAGAAACUCUGCAAGAAUUUGUUUUUUAAGGUGGAGGAGAGGAAAAAAUGGCCAGACCGGUUAGCUGCACUGGAUAGCCUCCUGAAUCAUUCUACUUUCUUCCUUAGGGGAGCCAGGAUGUUACCUGAAGAUGAUCAGUUCUUCACAGAAAUAGAACUGACUACAUUGGAAAAAGUUAUUAAUGAAACUACGACAUGGAAGAAUGAAACAGUAACACAGCAGAAUAAGCUGUCUCCCACAGAGAUGCCCAUCCUCUUGUCCAAGGACAUCGAACUUAAAUUAGGACUGCUGGACAGGGAGGUAAAAUACCUUCUGAAUAAAGCCAAGUUCCCUAAACCCAAACCUAAGAAAGAGAAAAACACAACCAAGAGUGAAUCGGACAAGAAUGGAGCUACUGAAGAUGCAGAAAAAGUAAUUCCUCCACAAGAAAAACAAGAUGAUUUAGAUGAGGUGAAACCUGCCAAAGAACCACCAACUGUUGAUAAAACUGAAGAUACCGCAUCAGAGACAUUAGAGCUGGGUGGACCUGGCAAAGAAACUUCAGAAAAGAAAAUAGAAGGUGAAACACAGAGCAAGACAGAUUACAAAAAUGAUGAAUUAUAACAUCACAGAGACUUUCUUCCCUGCAAUAAUGUAUUUAUUGACAUUACUUUUUUGUAAAGAAUCUCUGCAGUUUAAUUUAAGCAGUGUCAUCUGUUUCAGUCAAGUUGUAUAUAUAUAUUUUUUGUAUUUGUUUUGCUUUUUGGAGAGGGAAUUGUUUUGUGUUCUGUCAGUUUGUUGCCCCUAUAAACAAAGGAACGCUGACUUCUGUGUUGGCAACCAUUGCUGCUUUUGAGUACAGUUCAACCUGACCCAAACCCAGUUACAUGAAACAAAACUGGAAACCGAUUUGUGGGGAAAAAAGUAACGGUUAAUAAACAAGACGAGCGUGCCAUCCCGUCCCCUUGACAGAUAAGAAGAGUAGAGUUGAAACAAAUGUCAACCACACAGAUUUGAUUUAGAGUAAAAACUUGAUAAGCUAAUGGGCAUUGCACUGCUUUUCCAUACUGUGCCUUUGUGUUUUGAUUGUCUUGUGGGUCAGCAGGGUUUAUUCAGCCAGCAGCAUUUAAUAAAAGGAAUGUAUUGACCCUGCAGAUUUAAUCAGAGGCCCUUUUAAUGUAGGUGGUACAGCACCAUUAUUUUGAUGUUUCUGUUUGUGAUUUUUUUGUCUCUCCUGUCAUUGAAUAUUGCUCUAUAUAUUAUACCUGUUGUUACUACUAAACUUGGUAUUUGCAUUUGGCUGUUGCUUGGUGCAGAUCAGAAGAUAAGAGCUAGGAGAUGGUUGUCUGCGUUUCACUGGUAACUGUUUGCAGAAGCAGAGUAUUAGUGAAGACUGGUUUCUUUUUGGUUGUGGUCAGCUGAUUUUUACUUGAAAUGUCUGUUCUUCUUGGAAAGAAAUGAAUGUGAAAAAUAAACCACUUGUAAUCAGUUUGCUUUCCAUGCUGGAGAGCUUUAAUUAA